ACACGCCUGCUUCUCCGAGCUGCCCCGGAUUAAAUGCGUUUGACUUCACGAUGCGGAGCGACCCCAUUUUGUUCGCUUCCAGGGCGAUGGAGGAGUUGGUGGCAGAGCUGCGUGUUUUCUUGGACCUGCUGGACAGAGAGUAUCUGAGUGCUGGAGUACGUGAGAAGAAGGUGCAGAUCUCUAACAUCCUACACAGGGUUAUGGCUGCUAAAGGUCAUAAUGUUUUAGAUCCCUCCUAUAAGGCAGAGAUUCACAGUUCUCUCCCUGCUCCUCCUCAGAUGCCUCUCCCUGAGAUUCCACAUCCCUGGCUGCCUCCAGAUAAUGGGCCACCUCCCUUGCCCAGUUCCUCUCUACCAGAGGGCUACUAUGAGGAAGCUGUUCCACUGGGCCCAGGGAAAGCCCCAGAAUACAUCACAUCCAAUUAUGACUCUGAUGCGAUGAGCAGCUCAUAUGAGUCAUACGAUGAGGAAGAGGAGGAUGGGAAAGGGCAGAAGAUGCGUCAUCAGUGGCCGUCUGAGGAGGCCUCCAUGGACCUGGUGAAGGAUGCUCGCAUCUGUGCUUUCCUGCUCCGCAAGAAACGCUUUGGCCAGUGGACUAAACUCCUGUGUGUCAUCAAAGACAACAAACUGCUGUGCUACAAGUCCUCUAAAGAUCAGACACCUCAGAUGGAAUUGCUGCUAUCUGGCUGCAGUAUUAGUCACAUCCCCAAAGACGGCAAAAAGAAGAAACAUGAACUGAAGAUCGUCCACCAGGGUGCAGAUGCAUUAGUGCUUGCCGUACAGAGCAAAGAGCAGGCUGAAGAGUGGCUCAAGGUGAUGCGGGAGGUUUGUGCCAGUGGAAACGGAACAGCGGACUCUGAUGGAGUAGGCUCAGGAUCACCCGUGCACAAAGCUGAGCUGGAAAAGAAGCUGUCCUGUGACAGGCCUAGUUCAGAUGGAGAACCUACUCAUGAAAAUGGCACCACAGAUGGUAAGGAACAAACUAAGGGUAAAAAAAACACCAAAUCGGAACAGAAAGGCACAGUGGGAAAAGUUGCAGGGAAGAAGAUCACGAAGAUUAUCGGCUUGGGCAAGAAGAAGCCAUCCACAGACGAGCAGACCUCAUCGGCCGAAGAAGACGUCCCUACAUGCGGCUAUCUGAACGUGCUGUCCAAUAACCGCUGGCGCGAGCGUUGGUGCCGGCUGAAGGACAACCAGUUGUUGCUGCAUAAAGACCGGGCUGAUCUGAAGACCCACAUGGCCUCUUUGCCUCUGAGAGGAUGUGAGGUCAUCCCAGGACUGGACUCCAAACACCCUUUUGCUUUCCGCCUGCUGCGCAACGGUCAGGAGGUCGCAGUGCUGGAGGCAUCGUCCUCUGAGAGCAUGGGCAGGUGGCUGGGGGUCCUGUUGGCAGAGACUGGUUCUACUACUGACCCAGCUGCCCUCCACUACGACUACAUUGAUGUGGAGACCACCGCAAAUGUAAUUCAGUUGGCGAAACAGUCUUUCUGUUUUACCAGUAAACGGGCAGUAUCUCCAAACCCAUACCUGGAUAACCCAGUCAAUGGCUAUGCCUGCCCAUCAGGGGUUGCCUUGCAUUACGACGAUGUGCCAUGCAUCAAUGGAACGCUGAAGGGAAAGAAAGCUGCCACCACCAAUGGGACAGCAGCAAAACAGAAACUGGACAAGAACCAGCCCAAAAAGACCAGUGGAACCAACGGAACCCUACCAGUGAAACGCAAUAACUCUAGCGUGGAUCAGUAUAAGUAUGGGAAGAACAGGGUGGAAGCUGACGCUAAGAGACUUCAGCAGAGGGAGGAGGAGCUGCUGAAGAGAAAGCAGGAGAUUCGUAACCGCCUAACCCAGCUGAAGAAAGACAGGAGAGACCUGCGUGCUGCUAUAGAGAACAGCACCGGUAAGCGUUCCCAGGCGUCACUGUCAGAGCGCCUGAAGAAGGUGGAGGAGGAGUGUAAGCUAAAAGAGGAGGAGCGGGUGAAUCUGGAGCUGGAGCUGACGGAGGUGAAAGAGAGUCUUAAGAAAGCCCUGAAUGGAGGAGUCACUCUGGGCUUGACCAUCGAACCUAAGACAGGCGGCAGUUCCAUUCCACAGUCUCCAGCGUCAGUGAGACGUACUGUGGAUAACUCCCCUAUGUCCAGCUGUGAUACCAGUGACACAGAGACUUGCUCUCUGCCAAUCAACAGCGCCUCCCUACUGCGCAGACAAGCAGCACAGAAAAACCCACCUGUACGUGGCCACGUCCUCAGAAAGGCUAAGGAAUGGGAGAUGAAAUCAGGCACAUAAAUAUCAGCUUUUCAUCAACCUUGUUGUUGUUUUUUUUUUUUUAAGUUCUCAGUAUAUAUUUAUUUAAGUCUGUGCAUAAAGGAGGGAUGUUGAAAUAGAAAUGAGUGAAGCAUAGGUUCAGUAUGGUGUAUGACAGAAAGCAAUGCUGACACGCCUUUAUACAGUCAACCCCACAGCCAGCUGUCCUUUCUCACCCACCAUUUUAUCCUUCAUGUAUUAUACCAGCACACUUACUACCUAAAUGUGCUGUUUGUGUUGACUAUUUUUGUUUUAUCUAUGCUCUCAUCCACACAUCUUUUUUAAAGUCAUCUUCCUUUAGCUUCUUGUUUUUUUGUUUGUUUGUUUUUUUGUUUUGGUUAAAAGCCAUUUUUAAAGACAAGACCCUCUUUUA